AUGACGCCGAACCCUUCCUCCCACGAAACCGGAGCCGGUGCGACUAAGGUGAUUGUUGUGGGCGCAGGACCAGUGGGUUUGCUUACGGUGCUGAGGCUAGCCCAGAGUGGCGUGUAUGUUGAUGUACUAGAGAAGGAGGAGAAGCUGAAUGUUACUCCUCGUGCGUGCUCUUAUUACGCAGCCGCUCUGCAUGCCCUUCAACGUGCCAAGGUCCUAGACGAUGUCAAAAAGGCUGGCUUCACCACGCACGGUCUGUGUUGGAGGGGUCCACUUGAAGACGAUGGUAAAGGAGGGAAGAAAUUCGGAGACAUGCUGGCGAGUUUGCCAGUUGUAGGCAACGAGGGCUGGGACAGUGGAGUGGUCAACCUCCAGCAGGCCAAGCUGACAAAGCUAUUGUACCAGAAGGUCCUGGAGACCGGCCGGGUUACUGUUCAUCUUGGGACAAGGGUUAUCGGCAUUGAACAAGAUUCGGCCUCCGUGACGGCGACUGCCGUUCGUGGGGACGGUAGCCAGGAACAAUUCCAAGGCUCGUUCCUUGUCGGUGCGGAUGGAGGAAGAUCAGCCACCAGAAGGCUCCUUGGGAUCCGCCUCAAAGGCCAUAGCUGGCCUGAAAGACUUGUGGCUAUGGAUGUUCUGCUUGAUGGGGUUGAGUUUGAUGAGAAGUUUCCGAGCUCGCUUUUUGUCGAUCCUGUUUACUAUGGUCUGAUGUCGCCACUGGAGGAGCCACGCACUGGCACGGAAAGCUUAUGGAGGUGCACGGUAGCAGUUGAUCCUACGGAUGCACGCACCGAUGAUGAACUGGUCUCGGAGAAAAGCCUUGAAGAACUUCUCCUCAAAGCUGUUCCCGGCCCAAGACCACUUCCUUUCAAAGUCCUUAGGGCGUCCCCAUAUCGUGUGCAUCAACUAUGCGCUUCUACAUUCAACCGUGGACGGUGCGCUCUGGCCGGGGAUGCAGCUCACCUGAAUAACCUAUGGGACUUACGACCGGUCUCAUUGACUCCGAAGCUCUUGCAGAUGCGCUAG